AUGGGUCCGGUUACGGGAAUGACUCCUGACAAGAACGUCGAAACUCCCGGAGCAGAGAGAGUUGCAGGCUUGAGUCAAAUUGAUACAAUGGGUAGCCUGCCAGAAGAGGUCGGUGCAGCCAGGCCAAAGGCCUCUGCUGUGGACUGUGGCUCAGCAGAUGAAGAGCUGACAAACUUGAACUGGCUACAUGAAAGUACAAACCUGUUGAAUAAUUUCAGCCUUGGAAGUGAGGGACUUGCAGCCAAUAAUCCAUUAUAUGACAUUGAAGGUGACAAUUCACCAUCCGGUUGUCGAAACACAGAAAAGUCUUCUGCCUCCUCAAAACCUCCAUAUUCCUUCAGCCUUCUCAUUUAUAUGGCGAUUGAGCACUCCCCUAACAAAUGUCUGCCUGUGAAAGAAAUAUAUAGCUGGAUCCUGGAUCGGUUCCCUUACUUUGCCACGGCACCCACCGGAUGGAAGAACUCGGUCAGACACAACCUUUCUCUAAACAAAUGCUUUCAGAAAGUGGAAAGAAGUCAUGGAAAGGUAAAUGGAAAAGGAUCCUUAUGGUGUGUUGAUCCUGAGUAUAAGCCCAAUCUAGUCCAAGCUCUGAAGAAACAGCCGUUUUCUGCAGCACUUGCUUUGUACACCCCUCCUGCCUCACCUACAAGAUGUGAAUCGCGCUCCAGCGUGUCUUCCCUGUCCUCUGUUGACGAGGUGUACGAGUUCAUCCCAAAGAACAGCCGGGCAGGAAGCGAUGGCAGCGAAGGGUUUCACAGCGAGGAUGACACCGAUAUGGACUACGAGGAAGAUGCACUUGGCGACAGCGGCUACGCCGCCCAGCCCUGUUUAAAUUCUAGCAAAGAACAGCAUGGCAAAAAACUGCGAAAAGAAGCCUGCCAAGAUAUUGACGACGAGCUUAAAGAGGCCGCAGGAUCACUCCUCCAUUUAGCCGGAAUCCGCACAUGUCUAGAUUCUCUUUUAAAAACUGCAAAAGCCCAGUCCCAGAAGCAUAGAAAAUAG